AUGAAGUCUCCUAGAAACUAUGGGAGCGAGAAUGAAGAGACCAACUUCAUUCGCCGGGUGGCCUCUCCAGACCGACCCAACUCCAAGCGCCGGCAAAAGAAGCGUCUGGCCGUAGCUGGAGCGGCCAUGCUGUUGGUCGGUGCGACGGCGGGUGUGGGUUUUGCCACGUUGCAGUCCACGCAGUCGAACACGAUGGCGACGCAGCAAAUGGCGGCGAAUUUGGUGGUUCCAGACUUUGUGGAGACCAUGGGCGACCCGUACUUCCCCAGUUUCGACGAACUGGACGAAGACGGAGACGGCGUUGUGGCCUAUGGAGAGUAUAUGAAGGAUCUACGCGAGGUUUGGGACAAGGACAGAGAGAAUAUCGAGAAUUCCGACCUUCCUGAUAUCGUCAAGCAGGACUUGAAUAACCAGCUGGACGACAAGAUCGCGAGCGAUUCGGCUUGUGUCAAGAAGGCCAUGGUUCCGACCAAGAAGAGGACGUUGACGUUCGACCGCAAGACCAUCAACUCGCUGUAUUACAUGCUGGAAGUGUACUGCUUUGAGACUCCGAUCGAGAUCCCUCAGAAAUACAUGGACAUGUUCCCGGACACCAAGGCGCCGGUCCCUCCUGCUCCUGUGGUUCCUGAAAUUCCAGCUCCUCCAGCGGCGACGGAGGCUUCGACGAGCGCGCCGAUUGAGGUUUCUACACCGGGAGGUGGUGAACAAACCAUUACGCUGGUUGGCUCAGCUGUGGACGGCCAGCAGAAGGUGGAAAUCGAGACUGGAGGUAGCGUCGUGACGACGACUGUCCAGGUUGAGCAAACCGCGACGGGAGGGGAAAAGCUGGAUAUCCCGUCACCUGGAGGCCAGACGACGACAGUUGUUGUACCUGAAAACAAUAUUCCAAAUACCGAGAACAAUGAACAACAAACCAUAACGGUGAACACACCUACUGGCCCCGCUACCGUGACAACAGACGGCCCAGUGAUCGACGGCAAGCAGGAAACGGUGGAGAUUCCGACAGGCCCUGGAGACCAGACGACGAUGGUGUUUGUUCCGGAAUGGACUGGCCUGGGUGUCGUCCCGACAGAGGCGGAUCACCAGCAGGUCAGCGUAAUGACACCCACCGGCCCAGUUACAGUGACGACGGACAGCGCAGUUUUCGACGGCAAGCAGGAAGUGACGAUCAUAACUCCCGAUGGCAAAACCACCACCACAACGGUUGAAGUAAUGCCGACUUCGGAUGAUAAGAACGCGCUGGAGAUUCCUACUGGACCCGAAGGACAAAGCAUGAUUGUGACUCUCCCCGUUCCGCAACCUGCUAAUGCCGGAAGCACUGGUGGCUCCGGGCCUGUACCCCAGUCGAGUAAUCCGGCUCCAGCACCUGAGGUGGUUGUCGACACCCCACAGGGCCCCGCAACCGUGACGAUCACGGGCCCGGUCAUUGAUGACAAGCAGGUCGUGACGAUCACUACCCCUGACGGUGGAACUACGACCACCACAGUGGAUGUGACCAAGACUACGGACGGCAAGACUGAGCUGGAGAUCCCGACGGGUGAAGGCUCAACAACGACAGUGUCAGUUCCAUCGACGCCGACCCAGGAGGGAGGUGGCCACACCACGACAGAUAUCCUGAACCAACUUGGAGGAAACGAUAUUGACAAUGGCGACAAGGACUUCAUGUCAAAGGACGAGUUCCAGUUACAGAUCGGAACGCACUUUUCGGAGAAGAUCAUGGCCCUGAAACAGCAGGCGAAUGACGAGGAGUCCGAGAGUGACAAGCUUAUGGACCAGCAGAAACAGCUUCAAGACUGCAUCCUUCAGGCGGCGAAUAAGUUUGGAUACUACGGAGUGUACGAGCAGCCCCCGUACUUCCAAAACGCCGUUCACUGGGUCGACAACGACUGCUUGAAGCAAUAAGUCAUGCUACCAAGGUCGAUGUGCUGUAGGUGGCUUGCAUCUUUAUAUUUUCUUCGCGUGCGCGCCUGAACGGUUUGUAGUUUGCUGUAACCACAGCAAUCAUGGUAAAUGAAUACGUAUUUCUCCAU